UGUUUUCCCUCCGCGGUCAACAAAAGAAACUUCAAUUUUAUCACAUACCAAAAAUCAAACCAACAGUUUAACCAAAUUCUGCCGUCACUCCCUCUAAUUCCAAUUUUGUCGAUCACUCGAUUGCAUAUCCAGGUUAUCUUUCUGUCUCAAUAUUUCAGGUAAUACCACAAAACCCACCUUCUGAAUUCAAUUAUUUUGCUUAACUAUUCGUGAUUUAGACUGCAUGAGUAGAAACAAGAAGCCACCAAUCACCAAUUUUGUUUAAAAUUAGGGCAUAGUUUGAAUUUCUGGAAUUCUGUAUAUGCUGGGUCUCUGUUAAUUUUUGGUGAAUUGAACUUGAAGAUUUAAUGGAGAGGGGGCUUACAAGUGAGGAAGUCACCUCUCCAGAUCAAUUGGAUGGUGGGUUUCAGAUAUCUGAUGGUGGGGAAAUCGGGGAUGGGUUAUCUCCAGUUUCUUCACAGUACUCUUCAUGUGAGGAAUCUGAGUUUGAUCGGUAUUGUAGCGCGAAUUCUGCUAUGGGGACCCCUAGUGUGUGUAGUUCAAUGGGGUUUUAUCAUGAUACUUUGGAUUCUGAUUUUGGUUCAUUCAAGAGUUUGGAGGGUUUUAGUUUAGGUGGUGAGAGGGUUCCUAGAAAGCUUGAGGGGAGCACAUAUUCAUUAUUAUCUAGGGAACCCGGGUUAGGGAAUCGUGUUUGCGAGCUGCAAAAUGAGGAGGAAGAAUUGAGUCCUGUGUUGAGUAGGGUUGAUGGGAAGAUGGAAGUUUUUGAUAAAGGAAAGAUGGAAGUUUUGGAUAAAGGAGGGAGUUCUUCGUCUAGUUGUGGAGUGUUAGGGAACAAAACCGGGCUUAAAGGGGCUAAGGCGGCGUUUGAUGGGGAUGUUGGAAAGAAGGAAAAUUUGGCUGUACUUUUGAAAAAUGUGGAGGAUGUGUUAUUGCAAGGAGUUGUUGCUGCUAGAAGUGCAGCUGAGAACUUGUUGGAUAGUAAUCAUGCGGAUGAAAUGGAGGACGAUAGAUGCAGAGAACAGGAUGAGACUUCUUCGAGGUAUGAUCAUUCGGAGGGUGAGGAUUCUAUGUUUAACUAUGGUUCAGAUGAUGAAUCUCAGCGUAAUGCUGCAUAUUAUGUGAGAAAUGUAGGGGAUUACCGUGAUGAAGAUGCAGGAUGUGAGAAUUCGGUGCUUAUGAACCCGUCUGUGGCUUUUGGAUCUAAUGACUGGGAAGACUUUGAGUUAGAUGGAAUGGAAAAUAAAAUGCAGCUUCCUGAUAAUUUUUGGUUGCGGCAUCAAUCAGCUGAAAAUGAAACCACUUCUCUAGAUUUGACUUUGACGAGGUCAACUUCUAAGGAAAAUUUUCAUUGCCAUGAGGAAGAAAGGAAUGCAAGGGAUGAUCUCCUAGAAGUUGAUAAAUCAUCAGAGUGUUCUCUUAGUUGUUCGACUGUCAAUACUCAUUCCUCGAAGGUUAUGGAAGCAGGGGCAACGGAGGGCUGCGGGGACAUUUCAAGAAGAUUCAAACAGAUCAACAGUAACGAUGAAUUGGAUGAGUAUCUUGAGAAUUGUUCUGGAUACGAUGUAUUCCAAAAGCCAUGUACUUCAGCGUAUGCUGUGGCAGAGAUUGGAUCCAUGGCAGACGAGAAAGAGAGGAAGAACCUCGAUAUAAUUAUUGACGGAGCAAGUGGCCAUGAUGACCACCCAGUUCCACAACAAUGCUUGGUUCCUCUGCGUGAUAUUGGGGGUGAAACGUCUUUUCCUUUAGUUGAUGUUCACAAAGAUCAUAGGUUGGAAUCGUUGGAUGUCCUUCAAGGUGCCCAGAAGGAAUCUAAAUCAGCUUCAACAUGGCUUAAGACUGAAGAGGGGAGGACUCAGGGUGACUUAAAUCUAAGUGGAGGUCAGAUCACAGGUAGCAAGGGAAAAGAGAUGAAUGCAUUUUAUGAUGAUUUUGUACAUGAAAUGGAAGAGAUUUUGUUAGAAUCAUGUGAAUCCCCUGUGAGGAGAUUUAAGGAAAGGAAUACUGGGCUCCAAUCUGACCACUCGUCGCCUUUAGGAGACGGUGAACACAUUGCUUGUACUUCUGGUUUCGAUGAUAGCAACCCCUUGUUUAAUCAUCCACUUAGGAUUGAUGGGAUUGAAGUAGUGGGUGCAAAGCAGAUAAAGGGAGAUAUCUCACUUAGUGAACGACUGGUUGGGGUGAAGGAAUACACGGUAUACAUAAUACGGGUUUGGAUUGGCAAGGAUCAGUGGGAGGUUGAGCGCCGAUAUCGUGAUUUUUAUGCACUUUAUAUUCAGUUCAAAACAUCUUUUUCUUCUCAAGAAUGGGCUCUUCCGCCCGUUUGGUCUUCAGUAGACAAAGAAUCCAGAAAAUUCUUUGGUAACACUUCUCCAAAUGUCAUUGCAGAGAGAAGUACUCUUAUCCAAGAAUGUUUAUGUUCCAUUCUCCAAUCCAGGUAUUGUUCCAGUCCUCCAAAUGCUCUGAUUUGGUUUCUCUCUCCGCCAGAAGCUCUUCUGAGUUCUUUUCAGUCAGAUGCUGUGAUGCGACAAUCUAAUGGGGGUGCACGUACUGAAAGAGUUCCUAGUUUAGGGAAGACAAUAUCACUGAUAGUUGAUAUCAGAUCCCACCAGUCUGUAAAGGAGCUUCUGGAUAUACAACAUUAUACAUGUGCUGGGUGCCGUAUACAUUUUGACAAUGGUAAGACUCGUAUGCUAGAAAUUGCACAGACCUUUGGUUGGGGUAAACCACGAUUUUGUGAAUAUACUGGGCAGCUAUUCUGUUCUUCAUGUCAUACAAACGAAACUGCAGUUCUGCCUGCCAGAGUUCUACAUAACUGGGAUUUUACUCCAUAUCCGGUUUCUCAAAUGGCCAAGUCAUUCCUGGAUUCAAUUAUUGACAAGCCUAUGCUCUGUGUAAGCGCAGCAAAUCCUUUCCUUUAUUCUCGUGUUCCUGCACUGCUCCAUGUUGUGGGUACUAGGAGGAAAAUUGGCGCUAUGCUUCCGUACAUCCGCUGCUCUUUUCAUAGGUCUAUCUAUAGAAGACUUGGAUAUCGGAAAUAUCUUCUUGAAAGUAAUGACUUUUUUGCAUUAAGGGAUCUUGUUGAUCUUUCCAAAGGAGCAUUUGCAGCACUUCCGGCGAUUCUAGAAGCUGUAUUGAAGAAAAUCCAGGAGCACAUCACAGAGUUAUGCCUUGAGUGCUGCGACCUUGGUGUUUCUUGUGGUGCUCGACAGGCUUGUGAUAACCUAUCCUCUCUUAUUUUUCCUUUUCAGGAGGAGGAGAUUCAGAGGUGCAAGUCUUGUAAAUCAGUUUUUCAUAAGCAUUGCUUCAACAAACUCCUGGAGUGCCCAUGUGGAGCAGUCCUCAAAGAGCCUGUAAAAACCGCAAGUGCUGCUGGAUUUUUGUCUUUGUCGGUGAAGAAAUCCGACCCAAAGUCACCUUCGGGGUUCCUUUCACGUCUGUUCCCAGUUUCAAGACACGAGAAGAGACAUAAGGAUAAUAAUGAUAACGUGAUCUUGAUGGGAUCUUUGCCGAGCACCUCACUCUGAUCCCUUGUAACCGUAACAUAUCAGCAACUGUGUAUAAUUGUAUUGUAAUUCACUGAUUUUGUAGAUGACAUUCAAAAAGUUUUGGCCAUUCUUUUGUAUAGAAAUUGUGGUUGUAAUAAGUAGGGAACUAGAAAAUGAAGAGAACUGUUUAAAUUAUAUCGGUACUCAACACCGUGAAUUUCGUUCCUUAGUGUGAUUUUAGAAGUAGGGUUAUGUUGUAACUUGUAAGUACAGAUGAUUUCUUCUUAUUUUGGUUGUGCAGAAUAGUGAAGAUUAGAGAUUGGAUCCUCUGUAUA